AUGUCGGUCCAGACCGCGACUAUAUUCAAUCCCGACAGCCAUGUCGGCCCCUUGUCAAUCGACACAAGGCGCACCAGCAUCGACCGCUCCUCCGUUGACCGCUCUGCCGCCGCCCGCCAGGACGUCGGCAAGGCCACCGUCGAGCUGGCCUCCAUCAUGGCCAUCGCUUCCAACCCCGUUUCCCCAGGCGCCUCAAGCCCACCCCUCCCACAGGGUGCGAGGAUGAUGCAGGACUUUGACCCGCCCGCCCGCCCGAGCAGCACCCCCUUCCCAGAACCCGAGCUCGGCCAGACAACCAUUCGGUGUCUCAGCUGUCCCUCCGAGCCAGGCUCAGGCUCCGGUAAUGGCCAUGGUCACGCCCAUCGCCAUGACCACCACCAUCACCAGCACUUUGCCGAGUCUCCCGUCCUCGGCAGCACUGACCUGCCCCAGCCUCCACUGACGCACACAAACCUCGACGACCUCCCCGCCGAGAUACACGAAUGCAUACUCGAUCAUCUGUUCGGAUACAGGGUUUCGGCCUCGUCCAAGAGCUCCUUGGGCAUGCCCAGCGUCACGCGUAGCUGGGGCACGGCCCUGAGGCACUCGAGGCGGAAGGAGCUUUCGGCACUGGCCUUGGUUAGCAGCGUGUGGAGGGCCCUCAUCCAGGAGCGGCUGUACCGCCAUGUCAAGAUCAAGGCGACGGUGCAAUCCCUGAAUGAGGCCGUGGCCUUCUUCGCCCAUCACUCGCACCUCCGGCAAUACGUCAAGCACGUGGAGCUGUGGUUCGCCGUCUUCCAGCCCAAAAAGAGCGCCCUCGCGCUGUCCAGCUCCAUCCUCCCGCCGGUCACAAUCGACGGCUUAACCAACGCCUCGUACGUAAUACCCACUGACAAUUGCUCGCUCGAAGAAGCCUUCUAUUUUGUCAGCACCACACUCCCGGAGGUCUGUGUCCUCACGCUGGAAGGCGGGGAGCGCAAGAAGGCUCCCAGGGUACGUCACCAUAUCCUUGAAGAGGGGCAUGAGAAGCCGCUGCCCAGGAUCGCACCCAUCCGAACGCUCGUGUGCAAGGGGCAGUGGAACCUGAUACGGAGCGAGGACGACUUCGAUGCUAUCGUCUACGCACUACCAAACCUCCAGGAAUGGCAUGGGAAUUACAGCAAGGCCAAGUCCAAGAGCUACCUGUGCAUGGCCGCGAUCCUCCCGAAGCUUCCUUUGAACCUGACCAGUCUGAGCCUGAACUUGGAGGGGGUCGAGUACCGACGGGAACUGUCCUUUCCCCCAUACUUCCUCAAGGUCUCCAACACCCUGCACUUCUGCACGAAACUGGCUGAAGCCGCGCCAAACCUUGAACAUUUCGCGUACACAGGCCGUGUAUGCCGGGCAUUCUUCGACCUCUUGGCGCGGCUGGUCGAGCCCCGAAGCACACGGCUCAAGACGAUCGAUCUGACGGUUAGGAACUGCUGUCGCCAUGUCAUCCACUGGAACGAGUCCGGCUCGGGAAUCACGGAUAUGAACUUCAUCAAUGCCUUCGAACAGCUCGUAUUAGCCGGGAUCAGGGCUCUCGGCAGGCUCAAGGCCGUGGAGUACUUGCGGAUCCGAUACGUGGAUCUAGACUCCCCGGUUCCGCCCCUGAAUCCUUACUUCAUCCUCCGCGACGGCUGGUGCUCUGGCGUCUGGAGUGAUGCCAUUGUGGCUGAGCUAAACCGCACCCGGCCCGACGCCCAGUUCGAAGACCUCGCUGAGUCUUUCGGUGAGGUCGGUAUUAACAAAGACGGCAGAAUGGUGAUCAGCCCUGAAUUCCCCAGGAGCCGGGUGCUUUCCCUCAAAUUAUCGAACUACGCGUACCUGGCAGGAGGAAUUGCCGUGCCUUAG